CUCUCUCCUCAAUAUCUCUUUCAAUACGAAUCCGAUCAUGAGGAUAUUACCGGAAAGCGGAGGAGGUGCUUUCUGCCUCCUCCUUGUGUUUGUUCUUUGUUCGGCAGCUCAUUCUCUUGCCCGUAACAUCGAGGUCGUUGGCUACGCCGAAAGCAACAAGAUCAAGAGCCCAUAUGCAUACUCAGGACUCCGAGUAACGAUGGAGUGCAAAAUGGCGGAUAUAAAAGAGCAUUUAGUUAGAAGAGGAAGUGGAGAAGUUGACGAAUCAGGAAAGUUUAGUUUCAAUAUUCCUCAUCAUGACAUCGUUGGAGACGAUGGAACACUUAAAGAAGCUUGCUAUGCUCAGCUUCAUAGCGCUUCAGGCAACCCUUGCCCCGCAGACGACGGCCUCGAGGCCUCCAAGAUGGUGUUUUUAUCGAAAUCCGGAGAGAAAUACGUUUUGGGUCUGAAGCAAAAUCUUAAAUUCUCGCCCGAAGUUUGUGUCUCAAAGUUCUUUUGGCAUAUGCCUAAAUUCUCUUUGCCUCCACCGCUUAACCUUCCUCCCUUUCCUAAGUUCAAAAAGCCUUGUCCUCCAAAGGUAAAGCUUCCCCCACUGGUCCCAGUUUACAAGCCACCGGUGGUGAUCCCCAAGAAGCCGUGUCCACCAAAGAUCGCUCACAAGCCGCCGGUGCCCAUUUACAAGCCGCCAGUGCCUGUCUACAAGCCGCCGGUGCCUAUCUACAAGCCGCCGGUGGUGAUCCCAAAGAAGCCAUGUCCGCCACUUCCCAAGCCAAUCUACAAGCCUCCGGUGCCUAUCUACAAACCGCCGGUGCCCAUCUACAAACCGAUCUACAAGCCACCGGUGGUUUUUCCAAAGAAGCCGUGUCCUCCUAAAGCUCCAGUGCCGAUAUACAAGCCGCCGGUGGUGAUUCCAAAGAAGCCAUGUCCACCACUUCCCAAGCUUCCUCCUUUCCCGCCUAAAUACAUUCCACACCCUAAGUUCGGCAAAUGGCCUCCUUUCCCUUCUCAUCAUGGAUAAUAAACUCCCUCCAUACUUAUUAUGUUCAGUGAUACUUAAAAAGAUAUAUUCCUUCGUUGAAUUCUAUUGUAGAUGUUUGUUGUUUCUAUAUCUUCACAUUCCAGCCAAUAAAAUCCGUAUUUUUUUUGUU